AAUUGGUAUUACCUGACGACUUGAAGGAUUUAAGUGGUAAAUAUGAUUAUAUUAUGAUACUAGCUCGACUCCAGCAAAAAAAGCGUCAGCAAGAAGAACCCAAAGAACUAUCAAAAAUGUUUAGAAGAGGAAGAUUCAGCAUCAACUCUAGCGAAAAAAGCGCCAUUUCAGCAUCGAUUCCAGUGAAAAAGGCGUCAGCAAGAAGAACCCGAAGAACCAUCCAAAAUGUUCAGCAAAAGGAAGAUUCAGCAUCAACUCCAGUGAAAAGGGCAUUAGAAACUUUUGCGCAAGAAUCAUUAAAAGGUUUUUCAUCAAGUGACGAUAAUAAUAAUAAUUUCGAUGCUUCAGGUUUAUCAUCUCCUGCGCAAGAACAAUGGAAGAAAUCUGAGCCAUAUGAUUUAUCGGAUGAUGAACCUACUAUAGUUCAAGAUUAUAAUAUCACAAAAUCAUUACCAAACUCUUUUACAUUAUUAAUUAAUAAUAAAAAUAAUCAUGUACAGGCUACUAUACCUAAUAUUUUACAAAAAAUAGCAUCUCGAAAGACAAAUGAAGAAAUACAACAUAAAGCUGAAGAUAUUGAAAUCAAUUUAAAUUUACAACAAAAGCGAUCAACACAAUUUCAAAAUAUGUCCAAUGAUUUCGAAAUUGCUCAUUGGGUUGCUCGUCAUAAAAAGGUCCUGAAUUUAGUAAUAAACAUUCGAAAUGGAAUGAUGAGCAAUGCCGAUGAACAUGAUGAGACAACUUUAACAUCUUCAUCAAGGCAACAAAUUUCCAUCGAAAAUGUAUUAUCGCCACCGGAAAUUGAACAGCAUAUUAAAAGUCAACUUCAAGAUGAGUGUAAGGCUCUAUUCCUUCGAACGAGAAAUAACACAAUCGCAUUAUAUGAGGAACUAGUCAUACGAGUAUGCAAGAUCGCUAAAACUGAUUAUAGAUUAAAUUCAUUAACUAAAGAUGCGACCGAUCAACAAAAAUUAAGAAGAGAUUCAAUAAUCAUUACUAAACUUGGUAUCUUUGUACGAACAGCUGUUAAAACAAUACUAGUCAGUAUGGAAACUAAUGAAGAUACACAAAAGGCUAUUAAAAAAUGCGACAAAGAUACGAUUGAUCUGAAAAUUCCAACUAAAUUUAGGGUAGUAAGCUCAUUACCGGUGCGAGAGUUAUUGGACUAUUAA